AUGUCCACCACAAUUUCUUCUCUCCCCUUCUCUCUCCCUAUCCGCCACAAUUCUAGGGUUUCUCGUUUCAAUCCAAUCUCUUCUACUAUUCCAUUCCAAUCAUUCACCACCGUUCCUACAAACAAAUGGAGAGUUUUGUGUUUUAAGCAUGAAGACAUUCCAUCGGAAACUAAUGGCUCUGAGUUCAAAGAAGAUAAAUUGUCCGAAGAUUUUAUCAAGUUUAAAGAGGAUGAUGAGUCCAAAGACUGGCUUGCUGCUCUCCAUACGAUUAACAAUGUAAACAUUUUUUGUGUCUCGGGAAUAGUAAAAAUAUUGUUUUUAACAUUCCAGAUCUUAAAUUCCGUUUUUGGUGUGGAACCCUGGAAAGUACCUUGGACUGCAAAGACCAUUGUUCAGGUUAUGCUCCUUUGGAUUGCCUCAUUCUGGUUGGUAGGUUCUUGGAUAGUUCCAUUUUUAGCUUACACAGCAGGUUUUAGGAAGGAAACUCUUUCAUACAGAGGACAGGCAUUGUACAGUCUCUUGACGGAUGUUGCCGAAGGUGUGGUUGGGAUAGCUAUACUUCAUCGUUGUCUUGCAAGGUUUAAACCACUCCCAGCUGACUGGUUCAGAUUUGAACUCAAAGGGAACUGGCAGUUUGAUGUCGGUUUAGGGUGCCUCAUGUUCCCCCUCAUCAAUCAUCUGUCACAAAUGAACCUAAAUUUAUUGCCUGUUCUUCAAUAUCCUCCAGUUACAGUCUCGAGUGUAGAGCAAUCAAUUGUAGCACGAGACCCUGUGGCAAUGGUCCUAUAUGCAGUGGUAGUUUCAGUUUGUGCCCCAAUAUGGGAGGAGAUUGUCUUUCGUGCUUUCCUUCUCCCAUCUUUAACGAGGUACAUGCCUGUGUGGAGUGCAGUAUUAGUUAGCUCAAUAGCAUUUGCGUUGGCACAUUUUAACAUUCAGAGGAUGCUGCCCCUUGUAUUUCUUGGCAUGGUGAUGGGUUCUGUAUUUGUACGGUCUAAAAACCUCUUGCCAUCAAUGUUGUUGCAUAGUUUGUGGAAUGCUUUUGUAUUUCUGGAUCUCAUGAAAUAG